AGAGUGACUCGUUUUGAAUGUGUAACAGUGAAUUUUGGUUGCAGUGCGCUGAAAAGACCCGAGCUCAUAGUGAAAUCAGUAAAAAUAUUUAUCUUUCGCCGGAAGUACCUCAAACCAGCUAAAAUGAUACAUCGAUGGAGUGUGAAAUUUCAGUUCGUGUGCAGUUGAGAGCUAUACCGACUCGAAAGGACUGCUGUUACCCAUCGUCCAAGGUGGCGACGGUUCGGUAAUUUCUGUGCUGCUUUUUUUCCGCACACGAACACCAGCGAAAUCCGCAGAAGGGAGAAAAAAUAUACCUCUAUGUUUUGAACGGUACUCGGACUGCUAUCGCCGCCGCAGCUCGCUGUUGCUGCCUAUUGAAUACAACGCUGGCAGUGUGCCUGGCCUGUCUACUCCGCACUCUCUUUCUCGUUGCAUCUUCAUCCUUCUUCGCCGCGUUCAGUGCAACACUGACUGACUGCUGCUAGUGAUGAUGUUAUUAGUGCUGGACCGCGAAUGAAUCUAACGCGAGAGAGCGAGAGCAAAGCGAAUCAAAGCAGGCCAGCUCAGAGGAAAAAAGUUGAAAAAUAGAAACCUAUCACAGUGGCCAUUGCCGUCAUUGAGAUAAUCACUUCAAAGCAAAACGUAGGCAAAAUCGAAAUUCCACCGCAAUUGUUUGCGAUUGAUUGACUGAUUAGAAGAAGCUGCAGUGCAGUGUGAAAGCAGUCAGAACUAAGAGGGAGAAAGCAAGUGACAUUAGUGAAUCGAUCAGGAUGGCCUCAUCAGGUGGAGUGGACAUCCAUAUAGUGUCGAUGCCAAACCUGCAAAAAAUUGAAAAUUAUAUGCGAGAUUCUACCUAUCGGGAGACUUUAGAAGUCAGUGCAUCAUUCAAUACUCGAUUAUGUCUGGAACGAAGGAUGCGAUUGCCGUUCUUCGAUUCGCAAACUGGAGUAGCGCAGAAUCAUACUACUCUGUACGCGAAGCACUAUCGACGGAUGCCCGGGCACCGGGAAGGUCAACUUUACACAUACCCAUCAUCACGGUGGCGAAAGUCCAAGCGACAGUAUCUGACCAAAAUCCAGAACCUGCGACCGUUUAGCAAUUUUAGAACAAGUGGAACCUCUAGUAUACCAAUUGGCGAUUCCACGGAGCUGGCAGCGACUGCCGAGUCAGAGUUUAAUGCAUCACUGCUGGAAGAAUCCUCGCUGGGGGCGACACUGGACGCCGACAGCAAGGACAGUCACCAGAACCAACCCACGCCCAAGGAAGAACCCCUGCCCAAAGAUUGGUAUUACGACGAGAUGGCCCUGAACGACGAUGAUCUGGACGAUCCGGAAGGUGGUGACUCGGAUUACGACUACAACGUGAACGGCUACAAGAGGAAAACCAAGAAAAGUAGGCGCUCCAACGCCGGUGGAAGGAGAUCGAAGGCUAGUCAAGCGGCAGCGGCCGCUGCUGGGGAUUACGAUUCGGCUGCAUCGCCGGGUGGUUCGUCGCGGAAAGGUCGACCACCGGGUGGUAGCACCGGCAAGCGGGGUAGGAAACGCAACGCCAAGGAGACGGCAUCGUCGAUCGAGAAGGAGCUGGAGAGCAGUCUGAACGACAGCCUGGUGGAACCGCCCUCGUUCGAAUCGGUGGCCGCUGCGGUCGAUUUGAACGAGAACGGUGAAAAUGGGGCUGGCUAUGGUGGAAGUGCAGACCUGAGGAACUACCGGAAGUACCUGUAAGGCGACGGGGUGUUACUUCGAAAUGGUACCUUUGAGGCUGACUUGAACCCAGACCCUUUUCGAUGGAUGUUUUAUACGAUUGUGUUGUGCAGCGAACGCCUGCCAACCAAAAAUGGACGACAACGGGCCGUAGUAGAAACAAAAAUGAAGGAAGCAAUCUUCCAAUAUCGAGCAUCCUUGAAGGCAUGCCUUGUAUAAACCAAUCACAGCUGAAAGAAAGAAGAAAAUAUCAAAACAGAUCUAAAUUUAUUUCUCUUUUUAACUCGUAUCUAUUUGGAUAUUAUUGCAAUUCUGGUCAUCAUCAAAACUCUACUAACUAUUAUUAAUAUUACAAAGCUUUUUGUGUUUAAUAUGUUUUGCUUAUACAUUUCGGAUUGAAGAGAAAAUGCGACUUUCGACAUAGAAAAAUACUGGAAAAAUCUUCAAGCAAAUAGAGAUCGAAACGAUUCAAUUGUAAAUAGUACCCAGCAGGUUGUACUUCCUUUUUUUUAGAAACAAAUACAGAAACCAUCCUUGCUAUAGAACGAAAAUCGGAUUCUGUUACACCCCUACACACAUGCACACCGAAAUAGAUUUCACAUCUUCAAAAUGUUUAAUCAAAUAACAGCUUCUAACAGAGUUAUAUUUAAUUCUUAACAAACAGAUGAAACUAGAAACAAUUGCAAACGAGUCACACUAUUAUUUAGUUUGUUAAGAGUUUUAUUCAGUUUAGUAGGAAAAAAAACCAACUCCCACAGCAACCCGUAUGCAAGCACACCGGAUAACACUUACUUGUUGCAAUAGUUGUAGGAUUUAGCAGUAACAGCCACUCAUUUUGCGUGAAGUAUACCACAGACAGAGGAGACGCGAAGGAACAUAACUACCACGAGAGGAACGUUUGGAAAACGGACCGUCGGUGGCAUAGUGGAAUGAAAACCGAACAAGUUUCACAUUAUUGUCUAAGUGUAAAUGGAUUUUUCAACGACGAUAUAUUUACUUAUUAUUCCAUUAUUAUCCCCUUCUUGUAGCGAUAUGAUAAUUAUAAAAUAAAAACAGCAAACAACACAAACAAACACACGGUACACACUCACCAACAUGGAAAAAAAGACAAAUAUUGGAGAGUUCCGUCAAACAGGAAGAAAGAUACAAGUCACCGCGUAAAUGAGAAGAUUAAAUUUAUGAAAUAAAACAAACAGCAAACAAAAAACUAAAAAGGAACAGCCGAAAACAAAACCAUGUACAUGAAUAUACAUAGAUAUCUAUAUGGACACUGAAGAUGGAUGCUGAAUAAAAUGAGGAAAUAUUUUCCAAAAUCUAA